GCCCAUAUGAGGCGAAUUCGGCAUAUCAGCCGGAACCGGCUCGGGCCUCUUUUUUGCGGGGACGGGACCCCAGACGCAAACCCGGUUAUUGAUUGGAUCUAAGAUCACGACCCCGACCUCGUGUCAAGGUUAUACGAGAAUUGGCAUUCGUAUCGCGAUGGAGCAGCAGCCCUCUGACGACGGCCAUGACAGCGACAAACGUAUGUAUGCGAGAGCAUUACCCGACCAUUUAGGCGUUACGUCGUAGAAGCGUAGGUAGGUAGGUAUAUAAGCCGGCUCUUCGUUCGCUGAUCUGCAGUAUUCAUUCUUGUCUCCUCACCAGCGCCUUGUCUUGAUAAUAUCUAAUCUCCAAGAACAAUACAAUAUCCAGAUCUUAAUCAGUAAUUUUUACUUUACUCCAACCCGCCAAAAUGAAGUUCUCCGCUACCAUCAUGGGCGCUGCCCUCGUCGCCUCCGGCGUCUCUGCCCAGAAGGCCAUCGUCAAGAACAACUGCCCUUCGACCGUCUACGUCCAGUCCUACCCCUUCGACGGCAGCGCCGCUGGCACCCUGACUGCCCUUAAGACCGGAGAGUCUUUCUCAGAGGACUUCCGUCCUUCUGGUUCGACCGUUAAAAUCGCCACCACCAAGGCCCUCUCCAGCCCUCUGUUCUUCGGGUACUCUUUCAGUACCAACCCCGACUACGCAUACUAUGAACUCAGCACUGAAUGGGGCAACCCCUUCGCCAACUCGCACAACAUCCUCACCCCCGGCGAGGGCUGCGAGAUCUUCGACUGUGCCGCUGGCCAGGCCGACUGCUACAGCACGCCCGCCCACAAGAAGGUGUACGGCUGCCCGCAGCCCGUGGAUUUGGAGGCCGAUCUCUGCGCUUAAGUUGGUUAGAUAGCGUCUGACGAGCUGAGACCAUCUCGGUUGUUGUCCCUCGAACCGGAUAAAUAAGCGAAGGCCCCCUUGUCUCUUCUCAUCUUUCCCUCUUACGUAGAGGGCCCCUCAAAAUUAAUGCCUAACUAGCUGUUGUGCUUCUUUCAGUCAAGGCAUCUUUGGAGUACAUAAAAGUUUUCUUGUUAGCUUUUUCUGGAAUUUCAGGGUACAAUAUUUGAAUAAAAUCUUGAUAAUAUCA